AUGAAUGCUCUUCGUUCUACAAAGCAAGCAUAUCAUUGGUUUGAAAACCAACAGACAAAAGAACUUUUAGAAGAAUUUCCUCAUAUAAUUGCUUUGCAGAAUGAAGAGAUUCCGUAUGAAAAUCGCAAGAAUUUGGCUCCUUGUUUGAAAGGUUAUUAUGUUCAUAGACUUUUAGUAAACGCUGUAGCAAUGUGGGCUUCACCUCGUUAUGCUUGUUAUAUUUUCAUGAUGUUAGAUGAACUAUAUAAAGCAAAAGAUGAAGUCAUUGAAUCCAAAGACAAAAGCAUACAGAAAAGAAUACCACGUUCGGUACCAAAAGGAAAGGAAAAGAGUUAUAAGUAUAUGAUAUAUACUGAAGAGUUGGAGAAAGAAGAAGAUAAAGAUAUGGUUAUGUUACAUUUAGUCAGAAGAAACAACAAGAGCUUUUAUGACUUAGCUAAGAUAUAUAAAUCUGACAGAAACUGGUUCUAUCGUGAAAACUUACCGAUUUCAAUGACACCGAAUGAGCAAAUAAAGGAAAUUGUCAAAAAUACUCUUCCUCAAACACACUAUGACAUCAAAGGUUGCACAAUACUUACAUUCAAAGAAGACUUAACAUUACUGAAGGAAAAAAUAACAGAAUAUUUCGAUAACUUCAAAGAGGAAGAAUGA